GCUUAUUGUGCUUUUUGUGCUCGAGCCGGUGGUCAUUCAUAAACAAUCUUUUUACUUUUUCUAGAUAUGUAUAAGAUCUGUAUGCACUCACCCUUGAUUAUGCUGGCUGUUGUUGUAGUAGCAUGUGGUAUCAUGAACUGUAAACGUAGCAGCAAACCUGUCAAUCGAACUUGGUAUGAGGUGUAUGUGUAUAACCACACAUACCUACACACAAUGGGAUUUGCCGCCGCUGUUUGCAAUGACGAACCUAUGGCCUCUCAGUUUAAGCUCCUUGAUCGGAUCAAAAUGCGCAGGAGUUCCAUAUUUACAUCUCCUGGGAUUCUUGAGCACUUUGUCAACCUCACGAUGGCAGAUGACGGCAUCGGGUGGCCGUACGUGUGGCGACGACAAAUGGCGGAUGGUGUUACAAUAUAUAAUUGACAGGAAUAUAAAUAAUAGACCUUAUU